UACCGGGUCUUUACGAUCUUUCGAGACAGAGAGGGAACUCGUUAUCACUGGUGAAUUGUUCUCCGAUCAACGAUGACGUAGUCGAUUUAAAGACCGUAUUUUCGAUUACGGUGCAUAGUGUGAUUAUUUUGUGUGUGCGUGUGAACACGGAGGAUCAACCCGGGGAAGUUUUACCUACGGGGAAACGCGACGGCGACAACGCAUUCAACAGACUGGCCUCACCGAGGCGGAAGGAGUUAAUCAACGAAGGGGUGCCCAUGCCGAGCGUCAGGAAAAAUCAACGGGAGGGUCUCAGGCGUGCGAGAGGAAAAUUCACAGAGGGAACAACCACCACGAGGAAUUCAGUGAAAGAGUGGUGUUUGUGAGAGAGCGCGUGUGGACGACGCUGGACGAUCGGGUAGAGCCAAGCGACGGGUUUCAGCUUGAAAAUGUCAUCGAAAACGUGUUCCGCGAUAAUGUCGGGACUGAUCCUGCUGGUAUUGACGGUGAUAUCAUACAGAGAAGUGCAAGGACACGUCGCCUUGACUUUUCCGCGCGCGAGGAAAUACGACUUGGACUUUCUGGACAACGCCAGGACGCCUGGACCAUGUGGAAUGCCUCGUGGCGAUGUCAAGACUACAUUACUGUCCGGGAGUAACUUCAACGUCACGUGGCACCUGGCUUAUCCUCAUCAAGGAGGAUUUCGAUUGCAGAUCCUCGACGGCCUCGAUAGGCCGCUGGUAGAUUUAACCCCCGUGACGAAGACAAGCGAGUUCGUGGAAGAUGACGCCACGGCGCAGAGUUACUCCGUGCAAUUACCCCAGAAUUUCACGUGCACGGACUGUACGAUACGGCUUCUGCGAGAGGCCGAGGAGUGGGGCGCGAGCUACAGAUUUUGGUCGUGUGCCGAUAUCGAUAUCACCGAACGAAAAACCUACAGGGAAGAUUGCAGCGGCCACGGCCGAUAUCUUUUGGGUCGAUGCAGAUGCGAUCGUCUGUAUCAUGGCGCCAGAUGCGAAUUUAAGGAGGAAUGCCUGGACGACUCGGACUGCGGUAUUCAGGGCACGUGCAUCGACAAUGGCGGCACGACCGCGCCCACCAAGCACUGCUACUGCAACAUAGGCUGGUUCGGGCCUGGUUGCGCGAAGAAAUCUCCAAUCAAGACAAUCGACGUGGACCUCGACGCCUAUACGAUGAAGAAGUUCUCAGACAACUUCACCUUCUACUGGCGUAUACUGAAGGAAAGCAAAGAGCUCGAGGGCGUUAUUGUGGUAAAUGGGACGAGUUGGGUUGGCGUUGGCUGGCGGCCAAACGAUCUAACUCCCGCGUGUCGAGCUUUCCCUGAGAUCCGUGAAAAACCAAAGGGAGAACCGCUCCCGCAACCGGAACCGAAAGCUGAACCGGAGCCCGAAUCGGAGCCGAAGGCCGAACCGAAACCAGAACCCGAGCCUGAACCCGAACCCGAGUUCGGAACGGAACGGUCCGGUGCUAAGAGGAGAUCGGCCAAAGCACACGAUGUCGCGCUGUUGUCCGCGACUCCUCCAUCCGACGCUGACGUCACUGUGCAGACCAGCGUGACUUACCGCGUCAGUACGAAGCAAGGACGCAAAAAGAGGUCUCCAGAUUCGGCAGUGUCCUCUGCAAAUGGGGAACCCGUCGCCGAGCCGAGCACUGUCGACAGCACCAACACCACGCCCGAACCUAUAUCAGAGCCAAAGUCCGAACCAGAGCCUAAAUCCGAACCAGAACCCAAGUCCGAACCAGAACCCAAAUCCGAACCAGAACCCAAGUCUGAACCAGAACCCAAAUCCGAGCCAGAACCCAAGUCUGAACCAGAACCCAAAUCCGAACCAGAACCCAAAUCCGAACCAGAACCCAAGUCUGAACCAGAACCCAAAUCCGAGCCAGAACCCAAGUCUGAACCAGAACCCAAAUCCGAACCAGAACCCAAAUCCGAGCCAGAGCCACAGUCUGAACCAGAACCCAAAUCCGAGCCAGAGCCACAGUCUGAACCAGAACCAAAAUCUGAAGCAGAGCUGAUAUCUGUUUCGAAACGCGUUUCCAAACUCGAGUCAAGGUCUCAACUAAAAUCAGUUUCGAAACCUCGACCAAGAGCCUAUACAGAGCCCAGCUCUGAACCGGAACCAAAGUCAGAGCCUGAACCCAAGUCGGAACCUGAACCGAAAUCAGAGCCAGAACCCAAAUCCGAACCUGAACCCAAAUCUGAACCUGAGCCCAAAUCAGAACCCGAACCCAAAUCUGAACCCGAACCCAAAUCUGAACCUGAACCCAAGUCAGAACCCGAACCCAAAUCCGAGCCUGAGCCCAAGUCAGAACCCGAACCGAAAUCUGAGCCUGAACCUAAAUCUGAACCAGAACCCAAGUCAGAACCUGAACCUAAAUCAGAACCAGAACCAAAGUCCGAACCGGAACCCAGUUCCGAACCGGAGCCAAAGUCUGAACCGGAACCCAACUCCGAGCCACAUCCAAAGUCAGAGUCGGAGCCAAAGUCUGAACCGGAGCCGAUUUCGGGCCCAAAGUCGAGCGCCACAAAAGCGAUCCUGCCUGGACCGGUGCACAAAUACACACCGAAACACGACUUCAAUCCGAUGGACUGCACCGAUAUAAUAAUCGGUUCGGCGCGGGGCAACAGUCACCGUAUCGGCGAUUACUAUACCAGGGACAGAUCGACGCCCAGAAAGGACGACUAUUGGGGUGGCAGGGACACGCUGACUGCCGCGAUGGGCUACGAACGCGACGGCGUCACCACGAUCCUAUUCAGACGGAAACUAACGGCGAACGAGCCGACCGAUCACGAAAUAGUGGAAAGCAAUAUGCACGUGAUAUGGGCCAAGGGGCAAGAACCGGGGAAGUAUGUUCACAAUCCCCCCAGUGGGAUCGAGAAGACGAAAGUCAGCGUGAAGGAUUUCUACAAGGCCGACGAACUGAAGUACCACGGACACGGAUCCCAGCGUGGAGCUCUGACGCUUAAUUUCUUCGAUGAAAAGAACAGACAGAAGAUGGCCAGUGGCGUUGCAACCAUGCAGACUUCAAACUGUAGGGGUGAAUGGCAUUAUCCUAGACACUGUUUGCCUGAGAAUGGUACCUGCGAAUACUCCAUACAAUGGACAUAUAAAAGCCGAAAGGAUCAGUUGUCAUUCGUCAUUUCUACCACCCACACGAACUCUUGGACCGGCGUUGGAUUCUCUGACGACGAUAAAAUGUCGCAAACAGACGCUGUAUUGGGCUGGGUCGACGAUAAAUCGGGCCGAGCUUUCUUAAUGGACACUUGGAUCAGCGGAUACAAUGCACCUUUACUCGAUCCGUCUCAAGACAUUUAUAAUACAGGCGGCAGUAAAGCGGACGGCGUGACCACUCUGAGGUUCUCACGGAAACGGAUAACGAAAGACAAUAGAGACCUCUCUUUCACCGACGAACGUUGUUUGUACAUGAUGUAUCCAGUUAAGGGUGGUAUAUUCAACGCCGUCAGCAAGAAAAUACGUAAACACGAUGCUGUACCUGUUGUCUCAUCGGAAAGGAUAUGCAUAAAGUCUUGUAGCAACGAAGAACUCGAAGACAUGACCACACCUGCGCCUCCGAGGCUACACUACAACGUCGAAGUUAAACUGGUGAACUUAGGUGACGGUUUCACAGCACCCACACCAGGCAGUUCGGACUUUGAGGUUAUCUCCAACACAAUAGCAGACAGCUUUGGUCCAGUUCUCGAGAACCUACCGGGCUAUUAUCAGAUUCGUCUCAACGAGUUGCAAAAGGAUGAAGAACAACAGAACGGCGUUAUCGCGCGGAUGGAUCUGAUCUUGGACAAGAACGAAGUUAAGGGUAGAUCGCUGAAGCCAUUGGACACCAGUGCAGCCGCGGAAAAGGCAUUGAAAGAAGCUUUAGUGAACGGAAAAGUCGGUGCGCUCAGCGUCGAUCCGCAGUACUUGAUCAUUCGAGCUCCUCGAGUAAACGACUUAAGUGGAGAAGACACGGACGAAGGAUCGCCAUUUACGUCGGACCUGUUCCUCGAUCAGACCAAGCUGUACAUCGUUGUCGGUUGCGUGGCUGCGCUGCUCGCCCUGGUCCUGUUACAAGCAAGCUGUACCCUCUACAGAUCAUCGAAGAGACGCACAACGAAGGAUCGCCUGAUCGCCAGCAACGCUUGGAAGGACUACGCAUCCGGCGCGAACACGAACUUCGCGUUCGAGGCGUUCGAGACGGAGGAAAAGGCGCCACCGCCGCCGGUCUCUAGUUUGCCGCGUCACAGAGAGAUCACGCAUGGGAACGGUGUAGCCGGUACCGACCAGGUCGAGGGUCCCAAUCGAAUGGUAGGGCCCCGAGCAACGUACAGUCUACCACGAGCACCGGGCUCGAGGCAUACGGCGCCGAUUCAGCCCGGUUAUUACACCCAGGAUCGAAGGGAUCAUUAUCAACGAUCGAAGAACAAUAUGCACAACAGCCCGGCAGGUGGUGGUGGUGGUGGUGGUGGCGUCUCGACCCAACCGAAUCAGCCGGAUUUCUACUUCAUGCCCAGCCAACGUAAAUACAGUGGCGAGGUCGUGCGCGUGUACGUGGAUUACGGGAGCCAAGCAACAAAAUAGAAGAGACUAUAUAUAUAUAUAUAUGCGAUGAUGAUGAUAACGCCGCGUCUGUUAGUGCUCUAACCUCUUUCUCUCUCUCCGUGUCCCCCUCUCUUCUCUGCUUUCGAAUCCCGCGAACGGACAAUUUGUUUUACCCCUCGCUUCAGUGAAGCGACUAUGUGUGUACAUAAAACGCCUGUUAAGUGGACCUGGAGAAAGAAAAGGGAAUGGACGACCCCACACUCCUCUCGACACGAGCCCUCCCGCCGGUGCUGCCCUCUAUCCCGAUGGAGGAACAUUCACUUUCGCCGUCGAUCGUAUACAUAGAUUCACGCUAACGUCGCACACGGGCCGUUCUUUUUGUUCUUUUUGAAAACGUCACCGUUUUCAUCGCGAAAGGUAUCCAGAAAUGGCGCUUACGACCAAAGAGUUAUCAAUAAGGCGCGCCCUCGAUUGCGCGGGGGCGGUUCCGGUAAACGAAAACGCGCACGAGAGAGAGAAAAAUAUAUACAAUGGACUCUCGAUAUAUUGCCGCGGUCGGGGCUGUGGGAGAGAAAAUUCUCAGAAACGGCAAUGCGCCGAGAGCCCUCUUCAGGCGAAGCUCUGUUGUCAUAGUCCCGGCGUCUGCGCACUUGUGUGUAUGAAAGUACGUGUGGAGGGGGAAGUACCUCGCGCGGCAAUAUAGCAAGAUGCAAUAUGUCAAGAGUUCACUGUACUCCCAUGUAAGCUCGCUCGAUGGCGUUUUAGCAACGUACGACCCCGGACCAGUACACCCGCGUGAGCGCUCAAACAGAAUUACACUGUACUUACAAGCAUGGACGUGUUUGAGCAAUAAAACGUUUGUACAUUU